AUGGAUCGUCGCUUGGUCGAGCUCGGUAGCCUCAUCCAGGGGCUGAAAGAGGAGCACUUCGUUCAGACAUUUGCCACCGAGAGAGGCCAGCGUACUGUGGCACUCGGCGCGAAACGUGCGCUGGCCGCAGCAACGCAGCUGGAGCAGGAGGGAGAAUGGAGCAAGUGCAUGCAGGGUCUCGGCCUGGACAUGGAGAGCAGGCUUAACGAGGAGCUUGCUACUAUGACCAGGAGGAUGGAGGAGCAGCAGCAAUAUGUGGAGCAGUUGGGUGCCCGGCUGGAGGCUGCCGCCGGAAACCGGCUGGCAGUCUUCGGCCUCGGUACAUCCCAAGGGACCGAAGUCGCAGAGACCCGUCUCGAGACGAGGUUGACCAGCCUGGAGCAUUCGCACCGAAAGCUGGCGCUGGGCACCCACCGUGCCCUGCGCGUGGCACUGUCCGUGCGCGAGAAGCAGGACGACUUGGAACAAGAGGAGGAGUUUGAGAAAUGGUUUGGCAAGGCGGAGGAUCUCGAGAUGCCUGAGGACUAUCAGCAGCGUCUUUCGGAACAGGACCAGCGGCUACAUAAGGUUCUAAGCAUCUGCGACCACCUUGUAGAGCGAGUCCAUGACGCUGGUGCGUCGCUGCAGGCACUCUCGCAUCAGCAGCAGGAGCUGAGGGCCAUCGCAGGCAAGGGCGAACCUCAUGCUGCCUUGGCUUAUGGCGAAGAGCUCCGAGAGAAGGUAGAUGAGCUCGAAGCGCACCUGUAUGGUUUGGCAGCCCAGGUUCAGUCCCAGGUUGAUCACAAAAGCAAAGUGACGACCUUGAACCUCAUGGACCAGCACCAGGAACGCCAGCAGUCCCGCACUUUCGAGAGCUUUGCCUUGGCACUCGAAGGCCUGGAUGCUCGGCUCGAGCGUGGGCUCGGAGAACACGGGCAAAUCCUGGACAUGCUACAGGGCGGACAAGACGAACAACAAGUUGCGCUACGUCACCUCGCACAAAGAUUGCCGGAGGUGGCGAGGCGUUUGGAGCAGUUGUGGGAGCAAUGCCAAGUCUACUUCCCGAGGCUUCAGGAGCAAGAGGUCCACUUCGGCUUCCUGCGGGCCAGCUUCGAGGCCCAUAAGCAGCAGAUGCUGGACUUGACUGACGGGCUGCAGGAUAAGUGCAAGCAGAGCCAAGGUGCGAAGAAGCCAUGGAAGGAGGUUCGCUACCUGCAAGCAAUGGUCAGUUCAGGGUCCUGGCCAAGGCUUUGCGUGAAGCGACAGGCUCUGUUGAAGUAG